AUGUCACCACCCGCAGCGACCGAACACGCCCAAAAUGGCAAUUCCUCACCCGCCGCCGCCGCCGCCGCCAGUCCGCUGAACCGGGCCGGCGAGCUUGAGCAUCUCCUCCACGCCGUCCAGCAGCUCGUCGUCCCCUUUGUCCGCGCCGCCGACCAGUCCGCCGCCGAGAAGCCCACGGGCACCAUCCCCAAGGGCCACCGCAACGUCCUCGUCCAGACCACCGCGCCCGCCGACCUCGCCGCCAAGCUCAACCUCACUCUGCCCGCCGAGGGCCAGGGUGUCGAGGGCCUGCUGGCCAUGAUUCAGCGCAUUCUCGAUUAUAGCGUCAAUACCUGGGAUCAGGGCUUCCUCGACAAGCUCUACGCCAGCAACACUCCUGUCGGCGUCAUCUCCGACAUUAUUUUGUCAAUCCUCAACACAAACCUGCACGUCUACCAAGUCUCGCCCGCCCUCUCCGUCAUUGAAAAGGCUACCGGCCGCGCCCUCGCCAACCUCUUUGGCUUCACCGGCGCCUUUGCCGGCGGCAUCACCUGCCAGGGCGGCAGCUCCAGCAACCUGACGUCGCUCGUCGUCGCGCGCAACACCCUGUACCCGGACACCAAGACCAAGGGCCUCUCGGCCAAGCACCACGACUUCGUCGUCUUCACCAGCGCCCACGGCCACUACUCGGUCGAGAAGAGCGCCAUGAUCUGCGGCCUCGGCAGCGACAGCGUCUGGGCCGUGCCCGUCGACGACGACGGCUGCAUGCGCGCCGACGCCCUGCGCGAGCUCGUCGCCCGCGCCCGCGCCCAGGGCAGGACGCCGCUCUACGUCAACGCCACCGCCGGCACCACCGUCCGCGGCUCCUACGAGCCCUUCCGCGACGUCGCCGCCAUCUGCCGGGAGUUUGGUCUCUGGAUGCACAUUGACGCCAGCUGGGGCGGGCCCGUCGUCUUCUCCCGCGCCCACCGCCACAAGGUCGACGGCGCGCACCUCGCAGACUCGAUCACCAUCAACCCGCACAAGAUGAUGAACGUGCCCACCACCUGCUCCUACCUGCUGCUGCCCGAUACGCGCAGGCUCAAGGUCGCCAACAGCACCGCGGCCGGCUACCUCUUCCACGAGGGCGCCGAGGACGGCGAGACCUGGGACCUGGCCGACCUGACGCUGCAGUGCGGCCGCCGCGGCGACAGCCUCAAGCUCGCCCUCGCCUGGCUCUACUACGGCGCCGACGGCUUCGAGCGCCAGAUCGACCACGCCUUUGACAUGGCGUCGCUGCUGCACGCGCGGCUGGCCAAGACGGGCAACUUUACCCUGCUGUCGGGCAGCCCAACGCCGUGUCUGCAGGUGUGCUUCUACUACAGCCCCGGGGGCGUUCUGUCAGAGGACAAGGGCGUCAACACGCGCGAGACGCAGCGCAUCGUGCACGCGCUGAUUGAGCGCGGCUUCAUGGUCGAUUACGCGCCCGGGGACAAGGGCAGCUUCCUCCGCGUCGUGGUCAAUGUGCAGACGCUGCCGGGCACCAUGGAGGGUCUGGCCAAGGCGCUGAAUGAGGUCGGCGCGCAGGGCCAAUAA